AUGUGUGUUUACACUAAGCAGUGCCUUUCUCCCAAGGAGCUGUAUAAAAGGCAGACCCUGGCUCCUGCCUCUCAUAUCCCAAGACCUCCUCAUCCUGACAACACCAUGACCCCCACAGGAGAAACCCCCAAGACCUUUGCUUCAGUUGCAUGGCUUUCACAAAGCAGUCGGAUUCCCGACUCCGAAAGGCUGAGCAGGAUGGACCCCAGGGUAGCCCAGCUCAUCAUGGACUCUCCUACCUUGGUAAAUUCAUGGAGCACAGUACCUUUCCAUCAAGGGAAUAUCCAAAUGCAUCCUCAUCAGGAAAACCCAGGGAAUGAGCAGAUGGCAAAAUACCCAAGAAGUGCCGUUUUAGCCCCAUUCCAAAGGAGUAAGCAGCCAUCACCAGGUCCACAGAACAUCCAGGCACAUCAAAGGAGCAACUAUAUGGAAGUGUCUUAUGCUACCGACAAUGAAACAUCUUCUAUGGACAACUAUAAAUUGUCCAUGCCUGUAUAUGAACCCAUCAGCCCUGCCAUGGAUGAUACAAACACCCCAAGAUCUGCUCUAUCUCCAGCUCUUCCCAGCAAAAGCCAAGAAGAUCAGGCAGACACCCAGACUAACUCCAGCGAGGACAUGGCUCAUUCUGUUUCUUUUCUUGAUACAGCUUGCAGCUCCAAUGCUGACUCUGGGUAUGAGAGUGAGACCAGUCGCUCCACAUCUCCAGACCAAGACAGAGAGUCCAUUGAUGCCUCAGACGAAGAAGGAAAAGUGGGUCGCAGACUAAGGACAGCUUUUACCUGCGAACAGAUCUCUACCCUGGAGAAGACCUUCAAGAAACACAGAUACUUGGGCGCAUCAGAGAGACGAAAACUGGCAACCAAACUCCAGCUGUCUGAAAUUCAAAUCAAAACCUGGUUUCAGAACCGCAGAAUGAAAUACAAACGUGAAAUUCAAGACUCCAGACCCGAUGCAUUUCACUCAGCUCACAUGUUUGGGGUAUACGGAUACCCACCUCAACAUCAAAGCAAUGCUUAUCACUAUACCCACCCAGUACAGUGUGGACCACAGCCCAUGACAUACUCCCACCCCACACUGGUGGACAACAUGCCUGGCAGCUUGUCCUACUCCCUGCCUUCUCCUACCCUGAACCCAAUUAACCCCUUCAAGACCCCAUCUCUUCCCAUGAUGUACCUCCCUCAGCAAUCUGUGAUGCACACUACUGGAUACCAUGACGAGAGGCAGUUUGUUAGAUACUAA